GUCCGUCUUUACUGAGGCCAACGAGACAUCUUGAGGAGAUCGCCGGAAGGAUCUUUCUGCAUGCCGAGGAGCAUUUUAGGCUCUCAGCCAGGCAUAGCGCGCCACAUUCCACAAGGCCGUGCCCAUGCCCAAAGGACUGUCCCUCGGGUUCUUUGGCACUCGUAUCUGUCGGCCCGCGCCCACUGUCCGUCCAACUAUGGAAGGUGAUUGGGCUUGUGAGAGAUACAUGUGCAGAUGCUGCAGAAUCAGCUGCACAGGUAUCAACAUCGGUGACAGGGACGAGGGGUGUAUCAAGUUAUGUAUCCCUCCGUCGAGUACACGAACCACCGAAACAAAAGAAGUUGCGGAUGACCGGGAUCAAGGACUCACAAACACGAGUCAAGGGCCCCGCAGCUAUGCCACCUCGAGCCGUGGCUGCCGUCUUCGCUGCUUGAUGCUCCUAGAAUUGACCCUCCGAUCAAAGUGGUCAGCAUCAAUUUCAAGAGACCAAGAAGAUGAGAUCACAUCAUUUCCAGUAAGAGUCUCUUGCAGGGGCCCGUCAGCGCGUCUGCGCGUGUCCUACAAAGUCUUAACAAGUACAAACAAAGUCCCUGUCACGACUCACCAUUUUGUCUCCUCCGGGUCGACACAAACACGGCCCCCAGAAUAGGGAUCCAUUAUUAAUCCCGAGCCUCCAACAGUUGCACUACAAUGUUGCGUCACCGCUGUUAGUUUACAUACCAUCUUUUUCCUUGACACGCACUCCCUGUCCCUCGUAUC